GACCGGAAGAAAUUGCCGACGCUUCCGGCGCCUAGAAGGCCUGUGGUUGCCUCUGUGAUGUCGUGGGUUCAAAGGGCUCCCUUGGUCCCGGGUCCCGGAGAGGAGGGGGACGUGUUUGACGAGGAGGCGGACGAGUCGCUCCUGGUGCAGCGGGAAUGGCGGAGCCACAUGCAGAGACGAGUUAAAGAAGGUUAUAGAGAUGGAAUAGAUGCCGGCAAAGCAGUUACUCUUCAACAAGGCUUCAAUCAAGGUUAUAAGGAAGGUGCAGAAAUCAUUAUAAACUAUGGACAACUCAGAGGAACAUUGAGUGCUUUGCUGUCCUGGUGUCACCUUCAUGAUAAUGGUUCGGCUCUGAUCAGUAAAAUAAAUAAUCUUCUGGAUGCAGUUGGCCAGUGUGAAGAGUAUGUGCUCAAACAUCUCAAAUCAAUCACUUCUCAGCCCCAUGUUGUAGAUUUAUUGGACUCUAUUCAGGAUAUGGACCUUUGUCAUGUAGCUCCAGCUGAGAAAAAGAUGGAUGAAGCUAAAGAUGAAAGACUCUGUGAAAAUAAUGCUGAGCUUCACGAAAACUGUAGCAAGAGUCUUAGUGAGGCAGAUUGUUCAUCUUUAGAAUGUUGUAGAAUACAGGAGCAUGCACAUUCUGAAAACCCAAGCCUCACUUGGAUUUUAGAACAGACAGCCGGUUUAGUAAAACAGUUGGGAAUAUCACUUGACAUAUUACAGCACCUCAAACAACUUUAAAAAUUCUCUUCACUUUUCUAAUGAAAGUAAUGUUCGUAACAUUUCUUAGAACAUUUUGUUUCUUAACAAACUAACCAAAAUUUGUACCAGUUUCUACGUUGAACAUAUCACUUGUAGGUUAUCCUUCAUGGAAAUUUGCAAUAUCUUCAAAUUAACACUAUUCAGUGUAAUAAGAGCUUUUU